AUGCCGGAGGAAGACGUCAGCGACCUGAGGGAUGUCGUCGAUGCGAUCAACAAAUUAUGCGAGACCAUGAAGACUUCGCACUAUGAUGACGCGGAAACUAAUGAAGGAGCGGCUUGCGAACCGGAAAUAUGUAAAGUUUAUGAGGAAUCCGCUAUUAUUCCUCAGCAUACAACCGCCAUCUCCGAUCAGCCCGAAGUCGCCGCUUACGUUUAUGAAGAAGCGACUAUAGUUCCACAAUACACAGAAUACUAUACAGAUUUGAUUAGCCCGGGAGAGAUAUCCGUACAGAAAGUUGAAACGUAUACGGAUACGGUCAACCCAGACGAAUUAUUAGUUCGAAGAGUAGACUCUUAUCGAGAUAUAGUCAUCCCUGAAGAGUCAUCAGAUCAAAAAGUAGAAUCCUUUAGGGAUUUGGCUACUCCCGAAGAAGUACCAGUUCAAAGAGUGGAAACUUAUCGUGCGGAAAGAUGGAGCGAUUCUCAGAUUUCGCUGCCCGGACAGACUGAGGACGUAGAAACCGUGACGUCCGAUACGGAACCGGCGGCCGCACAGUGCGAACCGCUUAGCGAAAUGUAUUAUACGGCUUCUUCUGAAGUGUCUCUUUUGUCCGAUUUGGAAUUACCAGAUAAAGCUCAAAUUGAUAACGAUUCCUUGCCGGAAAAGGACUCCAAAGACGAUAGAAAAGAAUGUGUGAUAGCGGGUCACGUGGCGGCCAUGAGGGAGCGGUUCGAAAGUAUGACGCGCGCCAACACGCCGUGUCCAGACCUGAUGAGGUCCAUGUCGCCUUCCCUAGACUUUAGGAAUAUUACUCCCUCGCCUGAUCACUUAGGAUAGUUAAUCUUCAAGUGUGUUCCAAUGGUUCUUUAUUAUAGAUUAGUUUUGUGGAUGGUCUUGUAAAGGGUUGGUAUCAGUAUUUGUGUAAAAUUGCUAGUCCUCGUCUUAAACACCAAUUUAUAGAAACGUGCCAAGGUGUCAUACACCGGUAGCUAAGCGGUUGUGAUUAUUUUCCGUAGCUCGUUUGAUCGCAAUUAACAAAAAGGUACAUAUCGAGUGUUUAGUUGUUGUUUAGCCAUUUUCAAGGCAAUAAAGAAUUAUAGAAUUAGGUGAAGGCUCGCUAAGAGUUAGUUAAUGUAAUCAUGUAACGAAAUUAUGAUGCAAAUUAUAUCCCAUGUUUAUCGUGAUUUUGGAAGCUCAAAUUUUGUAGUUUUAUAAUUAUUACAGAAUUGAUUAACAUAUUUAGGUAUAUACCUAUAUAAUAUACGUCGUGUAACUCAGACCAAGUAGCUUGUAUGGCCAAUAGCCAAUUCAAAAAAUCUUGAGUUCCGAAAAAUAAAAUGGAUUUAUACGCAACUUUUCAAAGUGAAAGACACAAGCCAAUAUUCAUUUUAUUUUUCGAUCGAGAAACAGAAUAUUUUAGAAAAUACAGUUAUAUGAGGAGAACGAUUCGUAGACAGAACAAAAAAAUAGAAAUUUUAGGCGAUAUAUAUUUUUCUUCAUCCAAAACUUGCCAUAAAAUUUGUGCAGUGCAAAAACCAUCCUAAUUUUUAUCUUUAAUUGGUGCAAACUGAACUAGAACAUAGAGCUCCCAAGUUAUCGUUUUGCAUUAUUCGUUGCAUUUUUGAAGUUGCCAUAAAUAUAUUAAAUAAGUUAACGUUGAUAAGUUUGUUGCGACAUUGAUUUUAACGUCGUUUACUUUGAAAUUAUCUGUUGUGAAUUUUCUAACGUAAAAUAUUUAAUUGGGUUAAAAGAUACUUUACCGUGAUACUAGUUUGAUACGAUAAUUUUUAUAAUUUUUAUUAAUUUAUAAGCCCGUUGUAAUCCACGUACUUAUCGUAAGGGUUUGGUAUUAAUAGUCCAACAGUCUAGUAUAGUAGUCUUGUAUUGAAAUGUGUUAUGUGUACAGAUGGAACCUUUAUUAUUGCAAUUCAAUAUACAGCUUUAUUAAUAAAUAA